CAGAAAACCACCCCUGAAUGUGGUUCCACAGGGUAUGUGGAGAAAAUCACAUGCAGCUCAUCUAAAAGGAGUGAAUUCAAAAGCUGCCGCUCAGCUCUGAUGGAACAACACUUAUUCUGGAAAUUUGAAGGGGCCAUUGUGGGUGUGGCCUUGGUCUUCGCUUGCCUUGUCAUCGUUCGUCAGCGACAGCUGGACAGAAAAGCUCUGGAAAAGGUCCGGAAGCAAAUCGAGUCCAUAUAGCUACCUUCCACUCUUUGAUAGGGGUCUUAGGGAUUGUACCUCGAACACAGACAGUAGAAUGAAUGGACUUGUGCCCUUCAUUCUUGGGAACUUGUGGUGGCACCUCUUUCUCUGUCUCUUGUCUAGAUCAUUAACGAGCAAAGUAUAGAAUAGUUUUCUCCUCUAUUAUAAUUUGGUUUGGUACAGGAAGUUUUGGUGGCAGAAAUGGAAUAGCAACCUUAGGCCCCAGUUUACCAACUACCUACCUUCCUCUUUUCCUGGUACUUACUUAAAAUUUUCAGGAUACAAUUUCAGCAAAAAAGUUUAUUUGUCAGCCAAAACCUCUGUUUUCCCCAACCCUAACCCCAAAGAAAAAAUAAAAUUGCAGAUGUGUAACAAAAGUA